CACUCAACAACACAGACCCUAGUGCAAGACUCGCAAGAGGGCGGAUUCAGUGGUAUGGAACAAAAUGGCUGCCCUCAUUAUAUACGGUAGCCGUUACAUUAACUACACCGUUUUAAUAAUUAAAUGUAUCAAUUAUAUAUGUUUAUAUUAAACAAUAAUGUGCAUUAAAUAUAGUUAAAUAUGCAUACCAGUCCAAAAACCUUGCAUAAUCAUUCCUUUAAGUGAAUUUUAAAAGAACCACACACUUUCUACGUUCGUUUCAGACUACACUGCCCCCCCCCUCCAAAAAAAAAAAAAAGUUUAAAAAAAAAAAUAAAAUAAUAAUAAUACAAAUUUAAUAAUAAAAAUAAAAAAUUAAAAGAAGAAUUUCCCUCUCCACAACCCCGUCACACAAUACAGCAUAUUUCAAAUCAAGGAAAUAUAACUUUCUAUUUCAGAUGAUGAUCAUUAAACAAGACAGAUGACUCCGUUCUAUGUCAUUGCCUUCCUGGCUCUGGUUUUGAGUUUUUUCAUCUACUACCCGUCUCCUGAUCUGUCUGAAAGACUGUUGUCUUGGAAACGGAAAGGCCAAACGAUACGAUAUAACCAGAUGGAUGUAUUUUUUAUUGAUGAGCCUGGAACGGGUAGUUAUGGAACAGUGUUUUGUCUCCAUGGAUUCCCAACCAGUAGUCAUGACUGGAUUAAGGUGUUGGAUGGGCUCAAGGAACAGUUUUCCAGGGUGGUACUUCUGGAUUUCCUUGGACAUGGAUUCAGUGAAAAACCGACUCCCUAUGUGUAUUCUAUCUUUGAGCAAGCCACCAUUGUCGAGGUCCUGGCAAAGAAACUCGGAGUUUCCAGAGCUCAUUUGUUGUCACAUGACUAUGGCGAUACGGUUGCAUUGGAGUUGUUAGCCAGGUAUAACAAGAAAAGAAGAAACAGUGAGCUUCAGCUUCAGACUCUGUGUUUGCUUAAUGGAGGUCUUUUUCCUGGUAAAUAUCACCCUCGGCGUAUACAAAAACUUCUACUGAUUCCGGUCAUUGGUUCCAUUGCGACUAGACUUACCUUCUUCCAGCUGUUCAAGUUUUCAUUUGCUGAGAUAUUCGGGGAUAAUAAGCCUUCUCAUGAAGAAAUGCAAGAUUUUUAUGCCGCAGUGACAUACAAGAGUGGCCAUAUUGCAAUGCCAGAAAUUCUUCACUAUAUUCAAGAGAGGGCUGAAAAUGAAAAUCGAUGGGUUGGAGCACUUAAAGAAUCAGCUAUUCCAGUGUUGAUGAUAUACGGCCCUGCUGAUCCAGUCAAUCCACCUCCAUUUCAAGAUUACUUCCGGAGGAUAGCUCCGCGACAUGGAAUUGUUGUUCUUGAAGAUCGCGUGGGCCAUUAUCCCCAGUGGGAAGCUCCUAACACACUGACAAAGCACUACAACCAGUUUGUUUCAAAACAAAAUACAGUAACGCCAGAUGUUUGACGACAGAAUCCGCAUUUACUCGCUCGUCAAAUAUCUCAGGAACCAUAUAUAGACCUUAUGCUUGAUUGCAAGGUUGUUGAACUAUUGAAAGUCACAAUGAUUGGAUAUUGAAUGUUCAUUUCAUAUAUCGUUUCCAUGCAAGUGUGCAGGAAUUUCAGCAGUUGAGGGGGAAGGGCCUAGACUGGCGAGAUAGGUAGGUUUUGUUUUGUUUUUUAGGGGGGGGGGGGGGGGGGGAGAGAAAGUUUGCUUGAGCAGUGAGGGGUUUCGACCCCAGAAACCUUCCCCCUGUACACGCGCAGGUGUUUUAUAUGUUGAGCAAAAUAAAUUAUAUACUAAAUUAGUAUAUUCCGGCGUAAUAGCCUACUAUAGCCAAUGACAAACGAAAAUUGUUUUAUGAAGGACAUGAAGUAUGCUGUUAUAUAAUUUUGGGGAAAAGAGGCAUGUUUAUUUGAUGAAACUCGGAUAAAAUUACAAAAUCAUGAUUCGUCAGACCAUUCCCAGUAUUCUGAGUAAACAAUUAACUCCAUUACAGACUAGAAUGUUUAGGCUAUCAAAUCGCUACAACCAUCCUUAUAACACCCCCACACCCCACCCACACAAACAAAUAAUGUUAUUGGAGCAAAAUUAGCAAAUUAAAGGAAGUAUGUCAAAGUUCUAACAAGUCACUGACCAAGGAUAAUAAUCUCUGGUUGUAGCUGGGUAGAAGGUUAAUGUAUGCCCUGGAAUUGUUAUUUGCUGGUUGAAAACGUCAUAGAAAAGAAAAGGUGACUGGUCUGUGGUCAGCUCGUGCAACUGCUUAUAAGUGAACACAUGGGCGUAUGGGGACUCUUUGAUUUAGGGGGGCUGGAGGGGUUGAUUUGCCCGAAAUUUUACCCAGAUAAAAAGUGCCCGAAUUUUUCCCACUGUUUUCCCCGGGUCGUAUGCCCAUGAGUGAACAUAACCAAUUAUAAAUAAAUCCAGUUACCAGGUCACUGGGUAAUUUAAGUAGGCUACAAAUGUCAGGCGUAGAUCGAGGAUUUUUAAAUAGAGGGAGUCCAAAAACCGUUGUUGUUGUUGUUAAAAAUAGAAUUUAAAGGUCCUCAACAGGUGGACGGGAUAAGUUUGCAUUUUUUAGUAUACUGUAAUAUAUAAUGUUUUACCAAAAAUAGGGAUGACUGAGCCCCUUAGGCACCCGCCUAAGUCUGUGCCUGCAUGUUGGUAAACCAGUCUCGGCCUGUUUGUAUGUGUGUCUAUCUGUCUGUAUCUCUAUCUGUCUCUGUCUCUCUUUCUACCCCCCUCUCUAUACCCCCCUCUAUAUACCCCCCUCUCUCUGCGUAUGUAUGUGUGUGUGUGUGUGUAUGUAUAUGUGUAUAUAUAUUCUUCCUGCCCUCCAAUGGCAAGGGGCUUGAUCAAUACAUAUAUUAUUAAUUGUAACCUUGGCAAAUCUAUUAUGAGAAAUUAAUUGUUAUUAUUAUGAAUUUAAAUAAUUUAAUGACAUGUAUUGAUUAAUGUAUAUACUGUUCAUUUGUUGUUUUGAUACUUAUUAAUAAAUAUUUUUAAAAUA